AGACUAGAGGGUGCUCCUCCCACACAAGCAGCCUCCUGCUGGUUCUGUCUGCACUAGACAACUGCACUGAUUUACAUGCAGAAGGAUUGCAACUCUUGUAGGUGAAGUAACUCACAAGCUCUCUCGCUGAACUGUGGGAGCCAGUUCACACAGCAUGGGUCCUGAAUUACAACCUCACUCGGAUAGCUUUGCAUAGUGCCUGGGCAGCCUCGUCUGAGCUGUAAAGAGCUGAAGGAGAGAGACAGAAAGAGAGAGAGAAAGAGAGAGAGAGAAAGAGAGAGAGAGAGAGAGAGAGACGUGACCAUGUUUGUGUAGAGGAGUCACAUAGCUGUCCAACCUGAUUAAGAAUGAGCUUCCCGCUGUUAAUUAAAAAAGUUGUAGUGGGGCUUCUGUGGAACUGCUUUGUGCUGCAAUCGGUUUUGGGGAACCUGACCACAGACAACGCCGUCCAUUCCAGCUUCAUCCAUGGGCGUCUGAAAAGUCAGGAGAGGCAGGAGAUGCAAAGAGAAAUCCUCUCGAUCCUGGGUCUGCCUCAUCGUCCCAGACCCCAUUUACAUGGCAAGCACAACUCUGCACCCAUGUUCAUGCUGGAUCUCUACAACUCCAUGUUAAUGGAGGAUGCGAGGGGCUUCUCUUACCCUUACAGUGCCAUCUUCACCACCCAGGGACCUCCUUUGGCCAGCCUGCAAGACAGCACCUUCCUGAGUGAUGCUGACAUGGUAAUGAGCUUUGUCAACCUGGUGGAAUAUGACAUGGAGAUUUUCCACCAGCGACGACAUCACAGAGAGUUCAAGUUUGAUCUUGCAAAGAUCCCAGAAGGGGAGGCUGUGACAGCAGCAGAGUUCCGAAUCUAUAAAGACUACACCAGAGAGCGAUUUGAAAAUGAAACGUUCCUGAUUACAAUCUACCAGGUGCUGGAGGAGCACAUGGAAAGCGAGUCCGACUUGUUUCCACUGGAUUCUAGAACUAUUUGGGCUGCAGAGGAAGGAUGGCUGGUAUUCGAUAUAACAAUCACUAGUAAUCAUUGGGUGGUGAAUCCAAAAAAUAACUUGGGCCUUCAACUCUUUGUACAAACAACAUCUGGACAAAGUGUCAAUCCCAAGGCAGCAGGUCUGAUAGGAAGAUUUGGACCUCAGAAUAAACAACCUUUUAUGGUGGUCUUUUUCAAAGCCACUGAAAUCCAUAUCCGAAGUGCACGAUCAGCUGGAGGUAAACAGAAGAACCAGAGUCGCUCUCGGUCUUCCAAGAGUCAAGAAUCUCUAAGACCAACUAGCUUAACAGAAAACAGUAGUAGUGACCAGCAACAGGCCUGCAUGAAACAUGAGCUCUAUGUCAGCUUUCGUGAUCUAGGAUGGCAGGACUGGAUCAUAGCUCCCGAGGGAUAUGCUGCAUACUAUUGUGAAGGAGAAUGCUCAUUCCCACUGAAUUCAUACAUGAAUGCCACAAAUCAUGCUAUUGUUCAAACUCUGGUUCAUUUAAUAAACCCAGAGAAUGUCCCGAAGCCAUGCUGUGCUCCCACACAGCUCAACGCCAUUUCCGUGCUCUACUUUGAUGACAGCUCAAACGUCAUCCUAAAAAAAUACAGGAACAUGGUUGUUAGAGCAUGUGGGUGUCAUUAGCACCUGAAAGAGAGAGCAACCAGCAUCUGAUGGGCAUCGGAAGCACUGCCAGUCAUGAACCCCACAUGACAAAAUCAACUUACUUACUGACCCAAUGUGGCUUUCAGGAAAAUCUAACCACAAAAUGAGAAUAUAUUUUCCCACAAUUUUCAUUUUUAAGGCUGACUAAGUAUUGAUUCUUUCUGUGUUAAGAGCAAGAGUGAAGUCAAAGGAUCUCAGAUAGGCUUUCCUAUGUUGGACAACUCAUAUUUUAAAAUUGUGUGUCAGAUUACCAGAUUACUUUUGAAAACAAGAUUCUGUAAUUUAUACCAGGGAGAAGACAUUUCUCAACAAUUGAUUCAUUGCUCCAAAACAAAAUAGACUGGUAAAAAAAAUACAUGCAGAAUGCUUAAACUGUGAUAUCACUGGAUAUGUUCAGGUUUAAACUCAAUUAAGACCUACAAUUCCACUGAAGUGCAGAUUUUUUUUCCUAUGCUGGGAUAGAGCAAAACUUCAAUUGCAAUAAAUUAAAGAUCUGUAGAAAACUAUGAGGCAGAGAAUUUAAGGAUUGAAAAGGAUGCAGCCGAACCCCAGUUUGUGCAGAGCUAACUGAAUCAGAGAGGUAAUGGCAUAAAAUUCUUGGCCUCAGUACCUCCCAAAGUAAGGGGCCAGGGGCAUGGGAUGGAGCAUUGCAUAGGUCAUUUCUAUCUAAUGAAACUUUUGAAUGGUGUAUGUGUAUCAGUUGAGAAUUUUAGGUAUGAUGUCUUAAUGGUCAAACAGACUACUAUUUUAACUCAAGUUAUCAAGAAUCAUCACUUAUCUGUGGUACUGGAUCAGACCGUGUACAGAAACAGGAGGCAGAUGAGUGUCAUUUUCAUUGUUAUAGUAUGGGCUGUAGCAUGGCAAUGCGUCUCUGUCUCCAGAUUGUGCUGACUCAGCCACCUUCAGAACCAUCAGGCAGAGUUAAAAAUAACACUCAUCUCCUUCAGUAGCUGAGCGGUUAAAAAAAAAGGGAAAAAAUGAAAAAGCAAGCUUUAAGUAUUUACUUGCUUAUGGGAGGUGGACUUCAUUACCAGUAUUCAGUACCGAUCCUUUAUUGCCCCUGAACUGAGGAGGUAGUUAAGAGUCAACCAUGUGAAUGGAUCUGAAGUCACAUAUAGGGCAGAAAUGGUAGGAAUGACAGAUUUCCUUUGCUAAAUAUUAGUGAACCUGAUGACCAUUAAGCUUUAUGUCUGACUGAUUGAUAAAAGUCAGCAUUGAAGCCGAGUGAUUUAAUCAGAUGAAAUCAUAGACAUUUACCUGCAGAUCACUUUUCCUGUUACUUGUACUUUCAUUUUGUAGAAUUGUACAGACCUCCUGCUCUCCAAAUUAUAGAAGAGCUGUCAGGACACCGAAGCAGAUACACAAAACGAACGAUAACACAACUAUUAUUUCUAAGAAAGAGAAGGCUGAGGGAUGAUCUAGAAGGAUCUUAGUAGAGUUAACAUGGUUUUCAACUCUGGAAAAAAAUUCAAAAUUAUGAGUCAUACAACUAAGAUAGUCACAUAUAAAUAGAGAAGGAAAUUCAGGGGAAAUUUCUUUAUGUAAAAUUUGAUUUGACAAGAAGUGGUUGCAGCAAACAGUAUAGAGAUAUCUAAGAGGAAGUUAGAUAAACACAAGAGAAUAAAUUGACGGUAAUGCUGAUUUGGAUAGAUGAAGUGAGGUGAGAGGAGGCUUUAUAUGAAGCACAAAUACUGGCACAGACCAGUUGAGCUGAAGAGCUUACUUUUGUCAUACAUCCUCUAAUUUUAAGCAAUUAGAAACAUGGCUAUAAAGCUCAUGUUUAUGACUUACUACAAAAGAACAGACAAGACUUCAUGGUCACAACCCCUCCAAAUGAGCUACAGUACACAAACUCAGCGUUGCAUAAUUGGUGUCUUCGAGAAAGUGAAUAAAAAAUUCACAGCACCAAUGCAAUUUUACAUUUUCAAAAAUACUCAAAAAAAGUAAAUUCUUUUCCACUGAUUACUCAGAUAAUCUGACUAGGUUUUUUUUACCAUAGAUCAUUUGGGACUAUCUGAACCUGUUCUUCUCAGAUUUACUGCGAUAAACUAAACAGUACUUAACUGUAUUUAUCUGGGAUAUUUGAACAAAAGUAAAACUACCCAGGAUAAUUGGUACCUGCUCAUUACUACCAAUUACCAACAGUAAUAGGAACCAGAUCUUUACUGCUGAUUACACAGGAUAAUCUGAAACUGUUCUUUAUAAUUGAUUACCCAGGAUAACGUCAUACACCUUCCCCAGUGAUUACCCAGAGCAGUUUAAAACUGCUCUUUACCAAGGAUGACCAUAUAUAAUCUAAACAUGUUCUUCACUACAGAUUAUACAAUCUAAUCAGAAUAUGUUGUUUCUCUUAUUAGUAUUCCCAGAAUCAGAAGCAGCUCAUUACUUCAUUAUUCAUGAUAAACUGAAGCUGCAAGUUACUGCUAAUUGUCCAGGAUAAUACGAACCUGCUCCUAACUGUUGAUUACCUGGGAUAAACAUCCCGUUCAUUACUGCUACCGAUCCAAAAUAAUCUAGAUUUGAUGUUUACCAAUGAUUAGCCAGUAUAGUCUGAAACUGAUGUUCAACACUUCCUGUUCUUUACCAAUGAUUACCCAGGAUAAUCUAAACCUGAUGUUCAUCACUAAUUACCCAUGUUUAUUGUAGUUUGCUCUUUAGCGCUGAUUACACAGGAUAAACUGAACCUAUACUUCUCCAAUGUUUAUUAAGGAUGGUAUGAACCUUUAAUUGCUGAUUACCCAGGAUAAUCUGAAACAAUUCUUUACUACUAAUAGCUCAGAAUAAUCACUCACUACCUUCUGAACCACUGAUUUCCCUCAAUAAUCUGACUCUGUUCUUUACCAGAUUACUCUGAACAAUCUGAAACUAUUACCACAACCAGUUUGUUACCACUGAUUACCCAGAUAAUCUGAACAUGUUUGGAUAAUCUUAAACCACUUUUUACUCAUGAAUAUCCAGAAUAAUCUGAACAGACUCUUUAUCAUUGCUGCACAGGUUAAGAACUUAUUCCUCAAUAUUUAAUAACCGGAACACAAUCAUUACUGACUAUCCAGGCUGAUCAGAACCUGUUGAAUACCACUGCCUACUCAGGAUAUUCUGAACUUGUUCAUGACCAGUGACUAUGAGGAAUGAUCCAAACAUGCUCUUUACAACCAAUUACCCCAAAUGAUCUUAACCUGAUGUUCAUCACAAAUUCCCCAUAAUUGUAACCUGCUCUUAAUCAGCAAUUACCAAGGAUAAAUUGAACUAUGCUGUACCAAUAAUUGCCCAAAAUAACCCAGAGUUGAUGACACUGUCCACCAUGUUAUGUGGCACCACUAUCAUGCUAAAUGGGACUGACUCAGAACAGACCUUGCACAUCAAAACUGGGUGUCCAUGAGGCACUGUGGACUACCACCAGCAACAGAAAUACACACACCACUCUCCGUAAUACCAUGGCCUGACAUACCUCUCCCUAUCAUUAAUAUCAAACUUGAGGUCAAAAAUAAUUCGAUGAGAUGAGAUAUCCAAAAACAAGGUGCCAAUUGCUGAAGCUGCAACCAAGGCUAUGUUUGUGCUAAAUAGUUUGGGUUUAGCAUGCAUUUAUAAUCAUGUUUGAGUUUUACCAGGACCAGUCAGCUCCAGACUUCAUCACCGCCUUGGACCAAAGAGCCUAAUUCCAGAGGUGAGCUGAGAGUGACUGCCCUUGAGCUCUGGUAAAUCUGAAGUCAAUGAGCAUCCAAUGGAUAACAUGCCAAUGGUUGGAAUCAUACCUCACACAAAUGAAGAAGGUUUUGGGUGUGGAUUAUCAAUUAUCCCAGUCACUGCAAGAGUUCCUCGGGGUAUUGUUCUAAGCCCAAUCACCUAAACUGCUCCAUGAAUGACCUUCCAUCCAUCAUAAGAUCAGAAGUAGGGAUGUCAGUUGAUGAUUUCACCAUAUUUAAAUCCAUUUGCAAAUAUUCAGCAAAUGAAACAAUCCAGGUCUGCUUGCAGCAACUCCUGACAACAUUCAGGCAUGGUUGUUAACUGUAGGGGAACAUUCUGUUACCACAUAAUGACCCUCUACAACAAGAGUUUAUCAUAUACCCUUGACAUUAAGUGGCAUUGUCAUCACUGAAUCUCUCACAAUCAGCACCAUUUACCACAAAACCUAACUGGACAAGCCUCAUAGAUACUGUCAGUCAGAGGCUUGAAUCAGCUUCUGACACCCCAAAGCCUUCCACCAGCUAGAAAGCACGAGUCAGGAGUACAGGGGAACACAUUCUCCAUUUGCCUGAAUGUGUGCACCUCCCAAACUCAUGACUUCUACCACCAGAAAGGAAAAGAGCUUCAUGCGCAUGGGAACACUACCGCAUGAAUAUUCCCUUCCAAGUUUCACACCACCAUGAAUUAGAAAUAUAUCACUCUUCUUUCAUCAUCGAUAAAUGGGACCAACAUCACCACUGGAAUAUCUUCACCAGAAAGGACUGCAGCGAUUCAAGGUGGAAUCUCACCACCAUCUUGUCAAAGAGAAUGAGGUAUGGCCAGCAAUGUCCAGAUCCUGAAAAAUGAAUUAAAAAUUCUGAUCCUGUUUAUUACUGCUGAUUACCCAGGAUAUUAUGAACCCAUUCAUUACUGUUGAUUAUACAGGAUAAUCUAAACCUUGCUUUUACCAUUGAUUGGCAGGAUAAUCUGAAACUACUCUUUUACAUGGAUUACCUGAGAACUAUUCUUCCCCAAAUUUACAGGGAUACACUGAAACUGUACUUUACCCUGUUUAUCAGAGAUACUUUAAACAUAAUUACAACUCACUGCACAGUAUAAUAGGUACCAGCUCUUUGCAACUGAUUACCUGGAAUGACAUUUUACACCUUUUUUCUACUAAUUACCCUCAAUAAUUUGAAACUGCUUGUUACCAAAGAUGACCAUGGACAACCUGAACACAUUCUUCACCACUGAUUAGAGAAAGUAAUCAGAUUACCUUGGAUAAUCAAAAAAAUCAUACCACUAACUGUCCAAGAUAAUCUGAAUCUACACUUUACUGUUGAAUAACCAGGAUAAUCUGAACCUGCAUUGCUCUGAUAAUUACCCAGGAUAAUUAUUACCACUGAUUACUCAGGAUAAUAUGAACCUGUUGUUCAAUGCUGUUUACCAAGCACUAUCUCAUCCACUCAUUACCCUGAUUAUCCGAGAUAUUCUGAAUCAGUUUUUUUUAACCACCGGUUAUCCAGUAUAAUCUGGAUCUGCACUUUAAUCUUAAUUAACCAGGAUAACCUGAAUUGCUUUGCUACUAAUGAUCAUGCUAAAUAAUCUUAUACUGUUUUUAUCACCGAUUUCCCUGGAAAAUCUGAACCUGAUGUUCACCAAUGAAAACCCACAAUCAUCUGAAUCUUCUCUUUACCACUGAUUACCCUAGAUCAUCUGAAUUAUCCAGGAACACCUUCAAAUGGAAGCCCAGGAUAACCUAAACGUUUUCAUUACCACUGAUAAUCCAAGAUAACCUUAAAUCACUCUUUACCCCUGAUUAAUUUGAACCGAUUCCAUCAUUAAUGCUCAGGAUGACCUGAAACCUGACCUUUACUCCCAGUUAUCCAGAAUUACCUAGAUUUACUUUUUACCACUGAUUAUCCAGCAUAAUCUCAAACUGUUCUUUACUACUGAUUCCCAGGAUCAUCUGAACCUGCUCUUUACCAUGGAUUUCUCAAAAUUAUCUUGAUUUAUUUCUCGCUGAUCAUUAUCCAGGAUAACAUGAAACUUCUCUUUUCCCCUGAUUACUCGGGAUAAUCAAAAUCUGUUUUUUUUAACUGUUUAUUACUAAGGACAAACUUAAACUUUACACUAACUACCUUGGAUAAAUUUAACAUUAAGCAUUACUGCUGAUCCUCCAGGAUAAUCUGCUGAUCAUCUAGUUAUCUGAAUUUGCUCAUUCCCACUGAGUUUGCUCUUUAUUACUGAUUAUGCAGGAUAAAAGAGACUUUAAACAUUGAUAAUCCUGAAUAUAAUGAACCUAUUCUUCAAUCUGUUCUUUAUCACUAAUUACCAAGGAUAAUCUGAACCCACACAUCACUGCUGCCUACCCAGAAUGAUCUGCACCAGUUGUUUGCCAUUGCUUACCUAGGAUAACUCGAGUCUGUUCUUUACCCAUAUUCCCAAAUUAAUCUAUCUAGGGUAACCUGAACCUGCUCUUUAUCCCUGGCACAUCAAGGUAAUUUGAACCUGUUCUUUAUCAAUGAUUGCCUUGAAUAAUCAGAACGUGUUCAUAAAUCCUAAUUUUUCUGGAUAACCUGAACUUUUUCUUGACCACUACUUAUCCAGGUUCAUCUGAACCUCCUUUUUACUGCUGAUCUUCUAGAUUGAUCAGAAACUGUUCUUUACAACUGAUUAUUCAGCACAAUUGUUACCUGGUCUUUUCCAAUUCAUUACUCAGGAGAAACUGAAGCCAUGCCUCACUGCUGAUUAUGCCGGGAUAAUUGGAACCUGAUAUUUUCCACCGACUGCCCCAGAUAAUCUGAACCUUCUUUUUACCAAUGAAUGCCCCGGGUAAUCUGAAACUACUUUUUACCGUUAAUUAUCCAAAAUUAUUUUCAACCUUCAUACUUCAUCCUGAUUAUCCAGGAUAAUCUGAAUAGGCUCUUUACCAAUGAUACUGAGGAUAACAUGAAUUUGUUGCUAACUGCUGAUUACCCAGAUUAAAUCCAGCCUGUUCAUUACAACUGACUACACAGGAUAAACUGAACCUGUUAUUUAUCACUGACUCCCCAGGAUAAUCUGAACCUGCUUCUAAUUUGCUCUCUUUCCAUUAUAUUAGUUAAUUUCUACUGUAUUGUACAUUUUUUCCAAUUAUACAUGCCUGUUCUGAAAAAUACAAUCAUCCAUUUUUCAUAAACAUAUUUUCAGUCUAACCUUUCUAUUAUUCUAGAUUAUAUCUUGCAUAACAUUUUCCAAAUACUGUUUCCACUUCUGACUCCUUCAGAUCAGAGAGAGUCACUGUUGAUUUCUUACAAUCUUGUGGAUGACAUAUAUGACAGAUGACAGACAAACCAUUAGGCCUAGUUAUUGUUUGGCAUCUGUUUGACCACUCUAAUUAGUAAAGCAUAUUUGUAUGGAUCUCUAAAUAACAAUAGAGAAAUUCUCAAGUGAUUCUCAAAUAACAGUGUUUUUAAUAUGUGCCAAUGUUUUCCAGUAAAUGCCAGCUGGAUCCCUUAUGGAAUUGGGAAUUUAGCAAGUUUGCAGCACAGCCAUCCUCUGUGUGCUUUAAGAAUGCACAUAACUUUAUAUGGAUGGGUUGUCAACAUGCAUGCUUGUCUAAGUCUGUGUGCUUUCAUGAAUCUAUACGCGAGAAUAAUUGGUGUAUGCGUGCACAUAUUUAUAAGUAAGCAAGCUAUUUUAGGAAUAUGAUGCUUUGUUAAAUCUGUCCUAAGUACAAAAAGGCCUUAUGGAGAGAAACAGAUGAAAGCAUUGAUAAAUGACAUUCUCAUUUUGUGAAUUCUUGAGGCACAGUGCCAGAUUUGGUAAUUUUAGUAUUUAUGGCUAGAAUUGCAAAGGAUUACAUACAGUUUCUCAAGAUUCACUUAAGAGCACAAAAACAAAUCUGAUUUUAAGAGUACAGUACUAGCAGUCUAUCUGACCACUUUCAUCUAUUUCUAAUUGAAAUGUUGCUUGUCCUGUUCUUCAGAAGUAUUCCAAUGUAUAUUUCAAUUUUACUUCUAUAUCUUUAUUUUAAAAUUCUUUCUCAACUAAAGCCACCAAAUUGUUCAAUGCCCUGAUUUAGCUGUCCCACAGUAAUUCUGUUUACAAUUAAGAGAAUCAGAAACCAGAUGCUUUUACUUCAGCCAGAUAGCUGUGCUUGCCAGGCUGCAUGUGUAUACAUGCAUGUGUGCAUGUGUGUGUGUACGUAUAAACAAUAUUUAUGUAAAUAGCUUUUCACGAAACAUAAAAACUAUUUAUUUCCUCUAAUUUCAUUUUCUUCCCUGUGAUCCAUACCAAGAUGGGAACCUUUAGUUCUGGACAAAACAAAAAUCUUUUCUUAUUUAAAACCAUAUUUAUUAUAAAAGGUUCA